AAUAGUCUUUGCUUAGCAGCAGUCCACACUGACGCCCAUCAAGUAUAAGCAUGAAAGAAUUUGCAAAACAACACUACCUACUAGAAUAUAAAAUAAACGAGACAAAACAGUAACAGGGAUGAAAUUGGCUAGAAAAUAAUCCAACCGCUACUGUCAUGAGUAGAACACCGUGUAUGGGCACAGGGUUCAGAGUGGAAAAGUGCAAGUGCAAGGUCAUUCGCGCUGGCUAUCGUACAGAGGACACAGACAGUAUCGUGUUGUUGGAGAGCAACAGCCUCUGCCGUCUGCUGGAUCUCAACAAAAGGACCAAGACUAACCCCGUGGUAGGUCUCGUGGAAAACGUGUACGAUUCUUGUGCUGGAUAUAAUUUAAGAUACUGUCCUAUCAGAGGUUUUGUGAAGCAUAAUGAAACAUACUUCAGCAACACAGUAAAGGAUUUGAUAAUAAUCAUCUGUUUUCUAUUGGCAAACUUCGUUGUUUUCCUCAAUAUAGUCAUGAAGAUGAUGGUUCACAUGUACUUCGCGGUCAUAAUGUGUGCACAGUGGAUAAGGAGGUCUUUUCUGACGAAAUUGGACAUCAAUGAAGAGAAUUUACCUCCAAAGUGUGCACACUUGUACUACGACUAUUCUCCGCCCAUACCGAAGAAAUAUCUAUGACGGCUAACUGUUAUAUUAUUGUGUGUGAAGGUAAUAAAACGUAACUGAUAA